UUCUCAAAAAUUCUUUGCUGACGCUCAGUGGGUACAAGCACUGAUUUUUGUUUAAUUUAUUAAAUUUUUUAGAUAUAACAAUAAGGAUACAUAACAGAAAAUGGAAGUUGAAUUCAGUAAAGAAGAUUUCCGUCUACCCGACAUCAAAUACGAAUAUUUGGAUCACACUGCCGAUGUACAACUCCAUGCCUGGGGAGAAACUCUGCAAGAGGCAUUUGAACAAUGCGGCAUGGCCAUGUUUGGCUACAUGACUGAAUUGGAUUAUGUUUCUGUGGAAACCUGCUACCAAAUCGAAGCCAAAGGUGAUGAUGUCGAAGGACUGCUUUUCCAUUUCCUUGAUGAAUUGUUGUUCUUGUUCUCAGCCGAACCUUUCCUGAUUUGUAGACGUUUGGAGAUAACCAAAUUCGAUUUAGAAAACUUUGAAAUCGAAUGCAAAUGCUAUGGAGAACCAUUCGAUUUGGAUAAACAUCCCCAAGGCACAGAAGUUAAAGCAAUCACCUACUCUGCCAUGCAAGUUAUACAAGAGCCUGAAAAGAAUAAUUAUGAAGUAUUUGUAAUUAUAGAUAUUUAAGUUCACUGUUUGAUUAUAUUUAUUGUAAUCCAUGAUUGUAAUAUAGUAAAAUUAAUCGGA